UUAAGAGAGAAACACUGAGAUAAGAUGGAGAUGAUGAAUUUGAUUUUCCUCUUUGCUUUGCAUCUCACGCUUCUUCAUAUGGGAGAGAGCCAUUCACUUCGGGUUAUCAAGCCAAAUGUUGUUGCUUUGGACAUGGAUGGAGACCCUAUGACACAAAUGACCUCAGUUUCAUUACAAUGUGGGGACGAGUUUAAAGAUGUGGAGAUUCACUGGCAGAAGAAUGAACAAAUGAUUCUCAGUAAGGGUAACAGCAUAAACGUCAAUAUCCAGGCGAUGCUGGGGGGAAACUUCACCUGUCACGGUCUAUCUGGAGAAGUUUUAAACCAUACAUUGGUGUUGGUUAAUCCAGUCAAUUUUGAGAAGGCUAUUCUGAAACAGAACCAAGACAAAGAAUUUAUUACCUGUCUAGCAAGAAACUACAAUGGCCUAUUUCACUGUUCUUGGAAAUGGAGUCCUAUAAGGAAUGGAGUUGUAGUGUUCUUCAAGGCUUUCCGGAACUCGAGCCACAUCAACUGUUCGCUGGACCCUGACAAUGCCGGGCUCACCUGCGAGGAGGAGAAGUGUUCAUACUCUGAGGAGGUGACUCGCAUCAACCUCACCUUGGUGGUCCGAAACCAGUAUCGUUUGGAGGAGCACCAAAGGACUUUCUUCAUCCAUGACAUUGUCAAGCCAGAAAAAGUCAGCAUCACAAAGGCUGAGAACAAUGAGUUCCAUUGGGGAACCCCCAAAACCUGGAAUAUGCCGUGCUCUUACUACCCACUCCAGUAUGAGGUGAAAGUCAUCAAACCGCACAAGGGCUGUGAUGAUACAGCAACUCCUGUCGAGAAUGAAUAUAUCAAUGAAACACAUUAUAAGGUGAGCGAUAGAAGGAGAAGCUAUACUUUCUGUGUGCGUGCCCAGGAUCCCUUCACUAAUCAAGUUUGGAGUGACUGGAACCAGCAAAGUGUAUCCUUCACAUAAUAGGGUCUCCAAGAACAAGUAAAAAAUGGUCCUGGAGAGCAUUCAGCACUGUAUCUGACAAAUACUUCUGCCAGUUUCUCUUCUGAUGAGCCUGUCCAGC